UAUCGUAUUCGGCGGCUCGUGCUCCAAAAUCCGUGUUCUGCGCAUCGCUCGACGGCCGUCGACUCGGCUCUUGCCUCAUUUCGUACUUGAUCUGAAGUUGAACGGUCGUGCUCGCUGCUCCGCCACUUAAAAAAAAAAAUCAAACGACCCCCCCCCUCCGCAAAACCGUUGUUGAUUACUUCACAGUCUCGCAUCAGACGCACGUUACGUAACUUGAAAAGAAUUUAUUUAUUAUUAAACUCUUUUUAUUUACGACAGUUAUUUUGUUUUUUUUUUGAUUUCACUUGAUAAAAGUUACUCAGUAUUAAACUAAAAAAAGAACGUGCAUUGUUAUUCGUUGUUUAAUGAUAAUUUUUUUUUACAAAAAAUUAAAUAUUGUAAAUGUUGUUUAAAUUUUAAGUACUGUGAUAGGUAUGGCGGGAGACAACCAAAAUUUUUGUUUGCGCUGGAACCACUACCAAAGCACAUUGAUCAGCGUAUUCGACAUGUUCCUGGAGAGCGGCACAUUGGUCGAUUGCACGUUGACAGCUGAGGGUCAAUACCUAAAGGCCCAUAAAGUCGUAUUGUCGGCAUGCAGUCCAUACCUACAGCUUUUAUUAAGCCAACAUUAUGAAAAGCAUCCGAUCGUCAUACUGAAGGACGUUAAGUUCCAAGAACUAAAAAAUAUGAUUGAUUACAUGUACAGAGGGGAAGUUAACAUUUCCCAAGACCAGUUAAGCACGUUCCUGAAAGCUGCAGAAUCUCUGCAGAUCAAGGGUCUGACUGAUGGUGGUGGCAAUGAAGACAGCACAGCCUUUUCAGCACCCGUUGCUACUCCGGUCAGAAAACCAAUCCAACAGUCUGUCACACAUGGUCCAUCUACAGUAGCACAAGAUUUAACGAUAAAGAGGAGGCCAGAAAGUACACACAUUAGGUCUCGUGAUGAUAGUGCCUCACCUACUAGAAAACGACGGCGUAACCAGCGUAGGCCGUUGACAAGUGUCGAUCAUGACAUUCAUGUUGAUGCAAGCAACUCCUGUGAUGUAUCGCCCCUUCAGUCCGGAGCCUUGAGCGGCAUCGGUAUUCCUAACAUUCCUGCCGCCAUAACCAAAGAAGCACCUUUGGAUGACGGGGAUCAUGAGACUGAUAACAGCCGCAUCAACAACCACGAUGCAUCAGUUGCUGAAGGUGUGGCUGGACAAAAGAUCGAACCGAUUGGUGAACUGAUAGAACCUAAGACUGAGAAUUUGGAAGAUAUUAACAACGGAGACAGUAUAGAAGCCUUGACAUUGGAUGAUAAUGACGAUAUGGACAAUAGUAUGGACAUGUCAAGAGCUGGACCAUCACAUGACAACUCUAACCAAAGUUUUAAUCAAUGUCCAAUGUCUGGAAACCAAACCAUGGAUGAAAUUUUUAUGGAUGCACAAGAAGCUGUUGGAGCUCACAGAGAUACUCAAGUAGUAAGUAUGCAUCCCCUCAUACCCUCAGAGGAGGUAGUGUUACAACCAACAACUGUAACUGGGAGGGAAUUGUCUGACACUGAUGGAACUAAAGAAUCUGAGAGUGACGAUGGCGGCGAUGAUUAUACGAACGAUGAUCAUGAUGAUGAUGUUGGCAGCAUUCUUGAUUUUAAUGAAGUUUUGAGUGUGACUUCUGAUAUACAACUGACUGCCACUGACGUUACAGCGACCAGUGAGGAAAAUGGUGAUGGUAAUGAGGAUAUUGCUAAAUUGACUGCCACUAUAGAAAAAUCCUACACAUGCAAAGUAUGCCAAAAACAAUUCAGAUUUAAAUCGUGGUAUAACAAGCACAUUGCAGCACAUGCAAUAGUGAAAUUACAUUACUGCAACAACUGUCCAAAACAUUUUAAAAGAUUGGACAGUUUAGAGAGGCACUUAUCCACACAUUUUGGUGGUAAAAAUUAUGAUUGUCUGGAAUGUGGAAAAACAUACACAUAUGCAUUUAAUCUUAAACACCAUAUGGUUACACAACACAAUCCUAAUUUUAAGCAAAUAAAAUGUUUAAAAUGCAAUAAGUCAUUCAACGAUGCCAGGUAUCUACGCUAUCAUGACAAUCGUGUGCACACAUACAAGACUCCAUAUGCAUGCCACUGCGGUAGUGCCUAUCCUGCGCCAAAUGAACUAUACCGGCAUUCCAAACGGAUGAACCAUUAGCUGAUUAGCAGUACUCAAGUAUUUUUCUAGUGCAAUUAUUUUUCCACUUUUUUUUCUAAACUUACAAAUUAAUUUAAUAUUUUCAACUGUUGAUUUAUAGUACCUAUAUAAUUAUAAUAUUAUACAAAUGAUUCAUUAUUUGUUACCUAAUAUUAAAAUCUACUAAUAAUUACUUGCCAAAUUAAAGGUUUUAGUUUGAACAUUCA